CUAUAAUUUACAUUAACUAGGCAAGACAGGAUCACCAAGUUGUAAUCUUCUACCUUCAGCAAAUGGAUCAAAGAAAUGUGACCAGAAUUACAACCAUUCAUCUCUUAGGAUUUCAGAUUCCUCAAAGUAUUACAUUUCUGAUCUUUUUUCUUUUACUUUUGGUUUAUUGUAUCACAAUAUGUGGAAAUCUCCUGAUCAUCACGCUGGUGUCCUACAGCAGAACUCUCCAUUCUCCCAUGUAUUUCUUCCUCUCCCAGCUCUCUGUCUUAGAUAUAAUACUAGUAACUGAUAUUCUUCCCAACAUGAUCAGCACUGUUUUGAUUAAAAAAACAAUCAUGUCAUUUUCUGAUUGCCUUGCUCAGUUUUAUUUUUUUGUUAUCACAGAAUGUUCAGAGUGUCUUCUUCUGACAGUGAUGAGUUGGGACAGAUAUUUGGCCAUCUGUAAACCAUUGCAUUAUACUUUGAAAAUGAACCACCAGGUUUGCUGGACACUGGUCAUCCUAUGCUGGAUCUUAAGUGUGUUUGGAGCUUUGGUUUACACUGUAACCAUAUCAACGUUACAAUUUUGUGGUCCCGAUAUUAUUGAUCACUUUUUCUGUGACUUGGAUCCAAUCUUACAACUCUCCUGCUCCGAUACCACCGCUGCUCAAUUUGAAGUGACAAUUUUGGGUGUUAUAUUUGUUGUCAUGCCAUUCUUCAUUAUUAUUGUAUCCUAUGCUUAUAUCAUAUCUACUAUUUUAAAAAUCCCAUCUGUUACUGGCAGACAGAAAGUUUUCUCAACAUGCAGCUCCCACCUGACUGUGGUUUGUAUCUAUUAUGGCACCCUGGUUUGUGUAUAUCUGAUACCAAAUAGAGGACAGACAAGGGACAUUACUAAACUCAUAUCAUUACUGUACACUGUAGUCACUCCAAUGAUAAAUCCACUUAUUUACAGCCUGAGGAAUCAAGAACUGAAAAUAGUUGUCAGCAAUCUCAUCCAGAACUUUUUGGACAUGCAUGUAAUUAAAAAGUAACAUUUGAACACAUUUAUAAUAAUUUUACAUUUUUUUGCAAAAUAUUUAAGCGCACUGGACCAACUUUUCCACCUAACAAAUGUUUUUGUUUUGUUUUUUUCAUUCAA